UAGCACUAAGAGUUGUGCUGGAAUGCUUACUUAUCAAGAACUUCCGGCCCAAGCAAAUCCUUCUUUAAUGUUUGGUCUACAAACCUCAGAAGAUGAUAGCUGAUGAGGUCGGGAAUGUUUAUACUUCAUAGUUAGAUUUGGCUACUGAUAUACUUAUAUAUGCGAGUUCCUUGAACGGUCUGGGAUGUGUACAGUUGGAUAUGGAUAUCGGAAAGGGAUUGUUUUCUUAAUCUCUCUUCGGAAUUAUAGAUUUUGGGUUACUGUUUCUGCAUUUUAGGGGCUUUAAUGGUUUGAAUUAUCAACUAUGGGGUGGGUGGAAGCAGGCGGUGGGGUGUUUCCGAAUUUGGUUAUCUUUAUCGAUAAGUGAGAGCUUGAGUUCUCCCCAUUUGCAAUACCUUCAUGAUAGUCAGGUUAAGCCUCCUGGUUGCUGCUACCAUUGCAGCGAUUGCAGCAAGGCAGCACAGCAUAAAAAACUCUGGUUCAUCAGCCUCAACAGGCAGGCAUUCAGAAAAUGGUAAAGCAAACAGUAACCAUCAAAGCGAGAAGGAAGACGAAGAGCAACUUACAUAUUCUGAUGAUAGCCUCAGAGAAAAGCAUAAAGAAGAAGAAGAGGAGGAGGAGGAGGAGGAAGAAGACGAGGAAGAGGUUAAGUUAAUUAGCAGUGUAUUUAACCGUGCUAGUGAUAUCGGAGAUGAAGAUAUUUUACCUGAAUUUGAAGAUCUUUUAUCCGGGGAGAUUGAAAUCCCAUUACCUGUUAACAAGACAGAUACAAAAGAGAAAGACAUAUAUGAAGCUGAGAUGGCAAAUAAUGCAAGUGAGCUGGAAAGGUUGCGUAAUCUGGUAAAGGAAUUGGAGGAAAGAGAAGUAAAGCUUGAAGGUGAAUUACUUGAGUACUAUGGAUUGAAGGAACAAGAAUCAGACGUUGAUGAAUUACAACGGCAACUCAAGAUUAAGACAAUGGAGAUUGGCAUGCUCAAUAUUACUAUUAACUCUCUGCAGUCUGAGAGGAAGAAGCUUCAAGAAGAGCUUACAUGGGGAGCUUCCGCCAAGAAGGAGCUAGAGGCAGCCAGGUACAAAAUCAAGGAAUUGCAGAGGCAGAUUCAGCUCGAUGCUAACCAGACAAAAGGCCAGUUACUGUUGCUCAAACAACAAGUUACUAAUUUACAGGCUAAAGAGGAAGAAGCCGUCAAGAAAGAUGCUGAAAUUGAAAAGAAGCUGAAAGCUGUGAAUCAAUUAGAGGUGGAAGUCGUGGAGCUUAAGAGAAAGAACAAAGAACUUCAAAUCGAAAAGAGAGAACUAACUAUUAAGUUGAAUGCUGCUGAAGCAAGAGUAGCAACCCUCUCCAACAUGACGGAGACUGAAAUGGUUGCUAAUGUAAGAGAGGAGGUUAAUAAUUUAAAGCAUGCAAAUGAGGACCUAUCGAAGCAGGUGGAAGGCCUUCAAAUGAAUAGGUUCAGUGAAGUUGAAGAGCUAGUGUACCUCCGUUGGGUAAAUGCAUGCUUGAGGUAUGAGCUCCGGAACUAUCAGACACCCCAAGGAAAGGUAUCCGCUCGUGAUCUAAACAAGAAUCUGAGCCCCAAAUCGCAGGAGAAGGCCAAACAACUGAUGUUGGAGUAUGCAGGAUCAGAGCGUGGACAAGGGGAUACAGAUCUUGAGAGCAACUUCUCUCAUCCGUCGUCCCCUGGAAGUGAAGAUUUUGACAAUGUUUCUAUUGAUAGUUCCACGAGUCGAUAUAGUAAUCUCAGCAAGAAACCUGGUAUAAUGCAAAAGCUGAAAAGGUGGGGGAAAAGCAAAGACGAUUCUAGUGUUCGUUCAUCACCAGCUAGAUCUUUGUCUGGAGGCUCUCCAAGCAGACCAAGUAUGAGCGUUCGACCAAGGGGUCCCCUGGAAUCCUUGAUGAUUAGGAAUGCAAGCGACAGUGUUGCCAUCACUACAUUUGGGAAGGUGGAUCAGGAACUUAAUGAUUCCCCUCAAACUCCCACUCUUCCGAACAUUAGAACACAGAUGUCUUCUAGCGACUCACCUAAUUCUGUGGCAUCAUCUUUCCAGUUGAUGUCGAAGUCAGUUGAAGGAGUUCUAGAUGAGAAAUAUCCUGCUUACAAAGACCGGCAUAGGUUGGCCUUAGAGAGAGAGAAGCAAAUUAAGGAAAGGGCAGAGCAAGCAAGGGUAGAGAAGUUUGGCGACAAAUCAAGUGUAAGUUUGAGCUACGAGCCUAGAGCCAAGGCUGAAAAGGAGAGAUCAGUAGCUUUACCACCAAAACUUGCCCAUAUCAAGGAAAAGGCAGUUAUUUCUGGCAAUUCAAGCAACCAAAGUAAUGAUGGUAACGCCGAUGGUAAUGCUGUUGAUCCUCAAGUAAUAACCAAGAUGAAACUUGCCCAAAUUGAGAAAAGGCCUCCUCGGGUACCUCGCCCGCCUCCUAAGGCAUCUGGAGGUGCCCCUGUUGGUACAACUCCCGGUCCCCCAAGUGGAGUACCACCUCCUCCACCUGGUGGCCCACCGCCACCGCCACCACCACCUGGUGGACCACCUCGUCCACCACCUCCACCAGGAAGCCUGCCUAAGGGGGCAAGUGGUGGUGAUAAAGUACACCGCGCUCCUGAGCUGGUUGAAUUCUAUCAGUCAUUGAUGAAACGUGAAGCAAAGAAGGAUACAUCGUCUUUAAUAUCUUCAUCAUCUAAUGUAUCCGAUGCGAGGAGCAAUAUGAUUGGGGAGAUUGAGAACAAAUCAUCAUUCCUUUUAGCUGUGAAAGCUGAUGUAGAAGCUCAAGGUGAUUUUGUCAUGUCGUUGGCAGCAGAAGUUCGAGCAGCUUUCUUCACAAACAUAGAAGAUCUUGUAGCAUUUGUGAACUGGCUAGAUGAAGAGCUCUCCUUCUUGGUUGACGAAAGGGCUGUCCUCAAGCACUUUGAUUGGCCUGAAGGAAAAGUGGAUGCACUAAGAGAAGCAGCUUUUGAGUACCAAGACUUGAUGAAAUUGGAGAAGCAAGUCUCCACUUUUGUUGAUGAUCCCAAACUCCCAUGUGAAGCUGCUCUGAAGAAGAUGUAUUCGUUGCUUGAGAAGGUGGAACAGAGUGUAUAUGCUCUCUUGCGUACAAGAGACAUGGCCAUUUCACGGUGCAAGGAGUUUGGAAUUCCAGUCGAUUGGUUAUUGGAUUCAGGGGUUGUCGGCAAGAUCAAGCUCUCAUCUGUGCAAUUGGCAAGAAAGUAUAUGAAACGUGUAGCUUCGGAACUUGAUGCAUUGAGUGGACCUGAGAAGGAACCAAACAGAGAGUUUAUACUACUUCAAGGCGUGCGUUUUGCUUUCCGAGUUCAUCAGUUUGCUGGAGGCUUUGAUGCAGAGAGCAUGAAGGCGUUCGAAGAGCUAAGGGGCCGUGUCCAUGGACAAACAGAAGAAACUAAUCAGGAAUCAUGAUUCAUUCGGAUUUUUUUCUCUGUUCUCGUCUCUAUGUUCUGCUGUAAAUUUCAUCUUGGCCGCUUAAUGUCGUAGAAUGUAUGUUCAUAUGUAUCACGCGUGUUUUACAAUCAAUAAUCCAUUCCAAGCAAAAAGGAAAUUAAGUUAGAAAGAUCAAUCAUACGAAGAGUUAUUUCUGGAA